GGAUACGGCGGCCGCAGGGGCGGAGUCAGGGGCUUUUGCCCGCCUUGGCAGCCGGCUGUACCUUCCAAGUUCUCGCCUCCUGCUCCGUCAUGGCUCCCAAAGGCAGCUCCAAACAGCAGUCCGAGGAGGACCUGCUCCUGCAGGAUUUCAGCCGCAAUCUCUCGGCCAAGUCCUCCGCGCUCUUCUUCGGGAACGCGUUCAUCGUGUCCGCCAUCCCCAUCUGGUUAUACUGGAGAAUAUGGCAUAUGGAUCUUAUUCAGUCUGCUGUUUUGUAUAGUGUGAUGACCCUAGUAAGCACAUAUUUGGUAGCCUUUGCAUACAAGAAUGUGAAAUUUGUUCUCAAGCACAAAGUAGCACAGAAGAGGGAGGAUGCUGUUUCCAAAGAAGUGACUCGAAAACUUUCUGAAGCUGAUAAUAGAAAGAUGUCUCGGAAGGAGAAAGAUGAAAGAAUCUUGUGGAAGAAGAAUGAAGUUGCUGAUUAUGAAGCUACAACAUUUUCCAUCUUCUAUAACAACACUCUGUUCCUGGUCGUGGUCAUUGUUGCUUCCUUCUUCAUAUUGAAGAACUUCAACCCCACAGUGAACUACAUCUUGUCCAUAAGUGCUUCAUCAGGACUCAUCGCCCUCCUGUCUACUGGCUCCAAAUAGACCAUGUCAGCUUCACCCCCUGGCUUUGUGUCUAUGGGUGGCCUGUGGUAUAUGGAAAAGUCACAGGGUGGUCAGGGUGGGAGACACACAAGAUGUUUUCAUAGUCUAGAGCCUUUAAAAAACCCAGCAGAAUGUAACUCAGUAUUUGUUUAUUGGCUGUUUUUGACAGAUUGUUGAAAUUAAAUGAAUUCAAAGGGAAACUCAGAGUACCAGGACGUUUAUUAAAAGGAAAAAAAAUGUCUUGCAAUGUGCUAUAAUCACAAGAGGAGAAAAUAACUUGUUUCCUUGAUCUGUCAGAGGUCACAGUAACCUGGGCCGAGCUGUUAUUAUUUAUUAUAUAACAGUAGUAGGAAGUUAAUAACUGGUUCUCUGUGUUCCAAGCACAAUAUUGCAGCUUCUUUUGAACCAUAAAUAUCCGAAUGAAUCCUCUUCCCAGGGGAUUGAACAGAAGCUUAAUGUUUAAAAGUGUUUGAAUUUGUGAUCUGAAAUAACGCAAAAUUAAAAACAUGAUUUCUCCAAUUUUCCAACUUGAGGAAGAGAAACUUGUGGAAAAGUUCUGCUUUUUUUUUUUUUUUUUUUUUUUUUUUAAAGAAGAAGGGCAGCCAAGGUAGUAACCUAAAAAUAGUGCCCAGGCAUAUGAGAGUUGUCCUACGAGGUUAAAGAACACACUGUUCGGCUGUAUGGCUUUGGCCCUGAGUGGCCAGGGAGGUCAGCUUGACCCUGCCAUGUUGGUUUGACUUACUAAGACAUAGGAAUCAUUGUUUUCCUUGACCAGGGUCUCACACCCUGGAGGAAUGUUAAGUAAGAGAGAGAACCUCUUUCCUGAAUACUGACAUGUAAAAGACCAAAGUAAUUUUUCUGAACUUCUGCAAUUCUGAGAACUUUCCAAGGAAUUUACAGUGAUUUUAGUGCUUGUCAGCAUUUUUCCAUGAGGACUUUCAUACAUUUGACUCUUUAGUUCACAGAUUCCCAUUGAUUGUGAGUAAAAUAUUUCUCUCUUUAGCCCUUGGGGAUCCAGCUGAGAGGAAUCUCUUGCAUUUUAUUACCAGUGUAUGUACAGAUAUUUUUUGUGUGUGCCAUGACUUGAAAAAGUUUGGGAAGCUCUUUAGCAAUAUCAGCUAAAAGGCUAUGAAAUCACAGGUGACAGCAGUUGUCAUUCAGUAAUUUCCUACAAGCAGCACCCCAAAGGAAAUACAGUCCUAAUCUUUAGUAUCCACUUCUAAAUUUAAUGUGAAUUUCAUACAUGUUAUUAAUUGUUUUCUUUAUAAUUUUAUAAAAAUUAUCCAUCAGGAGUUUAACUUCCACUUCCCAUGCUAUUGGAUGUGUUGGGCUCCAUCCAACAACUUGGAAGAAAAACGGGCAGGAAUACAUUUGCAUAAUGACCCACAUCAUUUUCUGCAACUGAGAAUUAUAUUUCAUCAUUGCUUCCAGAAGUCUGCAAUUCUUUACUUUUCGUUGGUGGAUUAUUAUCUAGCUGCCAUCACUGGAUAAUGUGGAGUGACUAGAGAAGUCACAUUCACUGCAAGGUACAGUUAGGGUAACACUUAGGAGGUUUAUUAUUUUUAAAAAACUUUUCUUGAACUCCUGGCCAACAUGGUGAAACCCUAUCUCUACGAAAAAUACAAAAAUUAGUGUAUUUUUUGUACACUAAUUUUUGUACACACCAGAUGUGGUGGCAGGCGCCUGUAAUCUCAGCUACUCAGAAGGCUGAGGCAGGAGAAGCUUUAACCUGGGAGGUGGAGGUUGCAGAGAGUCGAGACCCUGCCACUGUACUCCAGCCUGGGUGACAAGGGUGAGACUCCAUCUCAAAAAAGAAGCAAAAAAAACCCAAAGAUUUUUCUUUACUGUUGAUUUAAAAAAAAAAAAGAGCCAGACCAUAGUUUGACUGGUGGCAUGGAAUUUGUGUAUCAAAUAAAUGCAUUUCCUUAUUUGACAAACCAUCAGUGUCUACUAUUUGUUACAAGAGUUGGGCCACUAUCUUUUAAAAUUGCUGGUGAAAACUUGCCACUAGAUGGCAGUGCCUGUAUAGAUGGGGAAAAAAAUCACCACCAUUCUUGGUAUAAUACAGUGUGGCUUAGAUGAGGUGGUGAAAUAGGGGUAUCAGCCUAAUAUUCCUAAUAUACUUUCUCUUGAAUUAAUAAACUGAAGAUUUGUAGGAAAAUGAGUGAGCAAAAUUUGUUUCCUGUUGUGAAUUUUUCCUACAGCACUCUUUUUAAUCUUGAUGUUUUCCAACUUUCUGUACUAAUAGAUACAUUUCUGUGCAUAAGAUUAUGAGGCAUAUACUCACAGUUCAGUAGUUUUUGUUAAGAAUUUACUGUGUGAGUACUUCACUGUCAGGAAUUGCAGAACCUUUUCCCCACUGCUCUCAUCGUCUAAAAGUUCUGUGUGGCACACAGAGAUGCGACCCACUCAGUCAGACUUAGAUAGUGAAACCAUACUGCAGAAUUUUUGUUGUAAAAAGACCACAUACCCAGCACCCUUGAAAUAAAAGAUUCAUCUGUAACUGGGAUUCAAACAGAUUAAAUUCCUUUGCUCAUACUCUUAAAUAGCACUAAAAUGUUACAACAUUUUCAUUUACCUAUUUUUAGUUCCUCCAUUUUAACUUAUUAAAAAUCUUGGAUUGAUAUUCUUAACCAAUAAAAGUUUACUGGUAGUCCUAUUUGGCAUAUUAUUGAAACUUGGAAAGGAUAAUUUGAAACAAGGUUUGAAGUUCACUGAAAUACAGAGAUUGAAUUUAUACUCAAUUCUUGUGAAAAGUCUUGCUUAAUAAGUAUGAUUAAACUUUGCUUUUU